AGGGUAAGCCAGCUACCCCGCAACGGGUACGACCCACCGCGGAUUCAGGUUUUCGGAACCGCCUGGUCCCUAACCUAGCCCUUCUAGCCCACCGCCUAACAGCCCACCCAACCUACAUACGUACCUAACGUGCCCCUGCUUUUUCAGCCCUGACCUCCGUCAUCGGGGCUCAGCUCUAGCACAAAGUGUGAAAAUUUCCAUUUGCCAAUUCGGAGCUUUUCGUCAGCCAGGAUUCGAGUCUUAAGAAUCCUGCGAGUAAGUUAAAAAAUCGAUCUUUGGAAAUAACGAAUAUUCUCGGAAUUGCUUUGCUUCCGUGCCUAAGAGCUGAUUAGCUUGAUGUUCCGGUUCCAAUUGGCCUAAUAACCCAAGUCCAAUUCCAGUCGAUUUUCGUCUUCGGACACGACACGCGCCUGUGCGGAUCCUGCACAAUUUCGCUUCACGGACCCCCCAUCUCCAAUCCCAACCCAAAUCGCACCCCAUCACAUCACAUCCCGUCUAAUCCUUCCAUCCUACAUUUCCCCCGGGCCAUCUUCCGAACCCGCAAACUAUACCCGCUUCACCACGAUGGAGUCCUUCGUAAUCCGCACCCCCAGCUCUUCUGCCAACAUCGGCCCGGGCUUCGACGUGAUCGGGCUCGCACUAUCCAUCUACCUCGAGCUGCACGUUACUAUCGACCGGACCAAGACCACCUCCGCAGAGCCAUUGAAUUGCCGCAUCACGUACGAGGGACAGGGCGAGGGGUCCGGCGACGUGCCGCUGGACCCGGCCGCCAACUUGAUCACCCGCGUCGCGUUGUACGUCCUGCGGUGCCAUGACCAGCGCGCCUUCCCCGUCGAGACGCACGUGCACGUCGUCAACCCCAUCCCGCUCGGCCGCGGUCUCGGCUCGUCCGGUGCCGCGGUCGUCGCCGGUGUUAUGUUGGGCAAGGAGGUCGGCGGCUUGCACCACUUGGAUGAUGACCGGCUUUUCGAUUUCUGUCUCAUGAUAGAGCGCCACCCGGAUAACGUAGGCGCGGCUCUGUUCGGCGGUUUCGUGGGUACUUACCUGAAGCCAUUGGCGCCGGAAGACAUGGCCCGUGUGGAGAUCCCUCUUAGCGAAGUGCUGCCUGCGCCAGCAGGUGGUCUCGACACGGGUGAACGGCCUCCCGAGCCGCCGCUCGGCAUCGGCCACCACAUCAAGUUCCCCUGGGCGAAGGAGAUUAAGGCUGUAGCUAUCAUCCCUAAUUUCCAAGUUCCCACGGCUAAAGCGCGUGAAGUGUUGCCGAAGGAGUACCCGCGACAGGACGUCACGUUCAAUUUACAACGAAUAGCGCUGCUCCCAGUAGCGUUAGGACAAUCUCCCCCGGAUCCUGACCUUAUCUACCUUGCUAUGCAAGACAAGCUGCACCAGCAGUACCGGCAGACUCUGAUUCCUGGACUAGGAGAGAUUGUCGAAUCUAUGUCGCCAAGUUCACAAGAGGGACUGUUAGGUGUCUGUCUCUCGGGUGCCGGUCCCACCAUCUUGGCGCUGGCAACAAGCAACUUCGAGGAGAUCGCCGAGAGAAUUAUCAGCAGAUUCAGGCAAGAGAACAUCGACUGUCAAUGGCUCAUCCUGGAGCCGGCGGAGGGCACCAAAGUUGUCCGACCAUCAGGAAGGAGUUGAUGGAGAGAAUACGUAAGCUAUGAAUUGAUACCCACGCGGCUUCGCGUCAAAGUUCCUCUAGAGCAAUCACCCAGGAAAGAACGAGAAUUCGCUUCAGAAUCAUGGGAAUAAGACCCAAAUCAAGCUUAUUUAGCCAAAAAUCGAUAAUGAGUAAGGAGAGUUCUCGAUAGACACAUGCGGCUGAAGAUAAAAAUAGACCAAAAUGGAUAUACGCGCUAAUGCA